AUGUUUAGUAUCAUGUGUGAAACUGAUUUUACCUUUUUUUUUUUUUUUUUUCCCCUCAGAUGUACUUUCCGAUUCCCUAGCACGGUUAUAAAGAUCCAGUUCACAUCUUUAUACCAUAAAGAGGAAGUAAAAGAGGAAGCCUCAUCGCCUCCCCUUCGGCCACUUUACCCUCAAAUAUCGCCUCUGAAGAUCCACAUCCCGGAGCCGGAUCUCCGGAGCGUGGUCAGUCCCCUCCCAUCCCCCACAGGCACUAUCAGUGUUCCCAACUCUUGCCCAGCCAGUCCACGUGGUGCUGGAUCCUCAGGAUAUCGUUUUGUUCACAACAUUACCUCGGAUCUGCAGCUGGCAGCAGAGUAUGCUGCAAAAGCAGCAUCAGAACAGCAGGCAGAUGCAUCUGGCGGGGACAGCCCAAAGGAUGAGUCCAAGCCACCCUAUUCUUAUGCUCAGCUAAUUGUGCAGGCUAUAUCUUCAGCCCAGGACAGGCAAUUAACACUAAGUGGGAUCUAUGCCCACAUUACCAAGCAUUAUCCAUAUUACAGGACUGCUGACAAAGGCUGGCAGAAUUCCAUUCGGCACAACCUCUCCUUGAACCGUUACUUUAUUAAAGUCCCACGCUCCCAGGAGGAGCCUGGAAAAGGCUCCUUUUGGCGAAUUGACCCUCCCUCUGAAGCCAAACUAGUAGAGCAAGCAUUUAGAAAACGAAGGCAAAGAGGAGUGUCCUGCUUCCGAACACCUUUUGGGCCCCUCUCCUCCAGGAGUGCUCCUGCUUCCCCUACUCACCCUGGCCUGCUGUCCCCUCACUCUAGUGGCCUACAGACUCCAGAGUGCCUGUCACGGGAGGGCUCACCCAUUCCACACGAUCACGACUUUGGGUCAAAGUUAGCCUCAGUUCCAGAGUAUCGGUAUUCACAGAGUGCACCUGGUUCUCCAGUCAGUGCCCAGCCAGUGAUUAUGGCUGUUCCUCCCCGACCAUCUACUCUGGUGGCAAAACCAGUCGCAUACAUGCCAGCAUCAAUAGUGACUUCACAACAGCCUUCAUGUCAUGCGAUUCACGUAGUUCAGCAAGCUCCCACUGUUACAAUGGUCCGAGUUGUGACCUCCUCUGCAAACUCUGCAAACGGAUACAUCCUCACAAAUCAGGGCACAGCAGGAGGAGCUCAUGAAGCUGCAGGAGCAGUGUUGGACUUAGCUGGUGAUCACCGAGCAGGCAUGGAUGAAAAGCCAACUAUUGCAUUUGCCACAAUACCUACAGCCAGCCGUGUUAUUCAGACAGUUGCCAGUCAGAUGGCACAGGGUGUUCCAGGACAGACAGUCACGAUCCUUCAGCAGGCGGCUCCAGUGACCAUCGGACAGCACCAGCUCCCCGUGCGGGCAGUCACUCAGAACGGGAAACACGCCGUCCCCUCCAACAGCAUCACGGGCAGCACUUAUGCUCUUACAAAUCCAUUGCAGCUUCUUGCAGCCCAGGCCAGCUCAUCCACUCCUGUUGUAGUCAGCCGGGUGUGUGAGACAGGGACCGAAGAAACAGCAGCAGCCUCUUCCAGUGAACCUGAAGUGAAAAGACCCCGGAUAGAAGAGUCCAGUGGAGCCGUCGCAGCUCAAACUGGAGUCAUCACAUCUGCAGUGCCACAAGGACAGGCAACCAGUGAAUGAAGAACCAGUGGGAGGAGCUGGAGAGAUACAGGAUGGGCAUGGGAUGGCAGGAGCCCUAAAGCAGCUUUCAGAGAAAACAAACCACAACUGUAACAGCUCAAAACAUAACGGAUAAAGAGUUCUCUUUAAAGUCAGAUUUUUAAAUGGGAGGACAACAGCUGUUAGAAUCACAAGGUGCCAAAAAGAAUGGAAAAUCCCUCUCAAGAACCCAUAUCUGGAACUCUGUUCUGUCUUUACCUAUGGGAUAUUUUUUCCUUUUUAUUUUUUUUAAUUCAAAAAAAUACAGACAACUGAUUGUAUGACUGCUGGGAUAUUUUUUUAACUGUCUUUUCCCCUUUUGGCUCCAAGGGAAUGGGAUUUGCAGCUCAGCAUCUAAAGGAAUGUAACACAAUUACAGUCUGCUCCCUGGAAAGAAAACUCCUCAUUUUCUAUGCCUUAAUACUGUGCUUCUCAGAGCUUUGAACCAUAGGACCAUUUUAAAAAGGCCACCUAAGGCAAUCAAAUGCUGAAAGAUGGAUGCAGUAUCUCACAACAACAUUAAAGAAACAUGGUACCAAGCUUAAAGAAAAAGGCAAAUGAUUUCGUUUUUUAAAACAGAAAAAUUCUGAAUAUGAACGAAUGUUUAUUUAUGUGGGGGUUCAGGAGGAAGAGCUACAGGGCUCAGCCACCUGGAUUUUCAGAUGCAAUUUCUUUCCAUUCCCUCUGAGGGAGAAUAAGAUGACAGAGGAACUGUAUUAAUUUGGUUCCUGUAAAGAUAUUAAAAACAAAGGGUUUUGUACCUUCAGUGAUUUCUUACAAUUAUUCAUCGCUUGCUCUGGACAACAGCCAAAGUUUCUUGAUGACUGAGGAUCACAUGGGGAAGGGUGUCUUCAAAAGGUUCUGUGUGCAUUUGAUUGAUCACAUCCUGUGCUGGAGCACCAGGUUUUGUUCAAAAUGGCACUGUAGGUAAAGACAUUGCCAUUGUUUCUGUGAACUUUAGAAAAUAUUGGCUGGUUUUCUGCACUAAAGCAGUCUGCCUUCACCUCCCGGUCAUAGUGUGGUCCUCAGCUAGAUGAACGAUGGUUGGGAGGCCAGGGCUGGAUUGGAGUCUGUCACUGGCCCUCUGCCAUGACUAACAGCAAAGCUCCUGUGUUACUCUUCUGAGACGGAAGUUGAGAGCUGGAGUGAGAGGCAGCAGAGUUCAUACAAUGUUUAAUAUAAAUUCUGUAAAGGGUAUAGAGACCAAGGCAAAAGAGGCCUUUCAAUUUCCAUGUGGCAAAAGUCACUGGAGGUCUUCAAACAGGUUUUCCAAAAGGAAUUUGGAGGUUUCCUUUCAGUGCCAGGCUCCCUCUCCCAUCUCUCCUCCCUUGAGGACUAUUUGGGUUGGCCAGUAGGAGGAGGCUUUUACUCAAAUUGUAUUCUAGACUCUUCAUGUAGUACAAGUACAUCUCAAGUAAAGCAGAUCUGAGUCACUCCAGCCACAUGGAACAGUGCCUUUUGACUAUCAAAGAAAUCAACCCCUGCAUAGCCUCCAGCUAACCCCUUUGGUUUUCUGCCUGUUUGCAGUCCCCUUGGCUAAUGUCUUCUGGCAGCACAGCAGAGAUCUCUCAAUUUAGAAAAUGUUAUGGCUUUGGUAAUGGCAAAAGAGACUUAAGCAGGAUGUGAUAUGUCUUUGGUAGGUUAUCCCCCUAUCUGUAUUGAUUUAUUGUCAGGUUGCUGUCUUGCACAGUCUGACAGUACUAUCUCAGAGCAGAGAGGCAAGCCCUCUGCAAAAAGAUUUCCCCAAUGUGCAGUAAAUGAUACUGUCAGUAUGUCCGUUGGGAUUAGGGGGUAAGGCACAACCAUUCAAUGUCUGCUGGAAUCUGGGGAGGGGGAGGAAAUCUGCAAGGUAACAGCUGGCAUCACCUGUUCCCUUCUAGGUUUCCUUUCUCUUUGUCAAAUCAUACUCAACAGCCAGGUCCCACUGUUUGAAUAAAACCUACCCAUGUUUUAUUCUCAAGCCAAUUGCUUUGAGAAAUAUUUCUGAAAAAAAGGGAAAAUUUCUUGGUCUCGUGAUUUGUGGUUAUUUCUGCGGUUAGAGGCACACAACAUAUUCAGCACAGCUAGGCUUUUGUAAUUUAGGUGUCUGCCUUUAGUGACAAGUUAUUAGAUUGGAUUUUAGUACUUUGAAAUGAUUUUGUGAAGGAGGAUUGUUACAGACCAUGAAGUAAUUGAAGUGGGCCAGCCUCCAGCUGUCACUUUUCCUGUUAGGAAGGCUAGGUGUGGCACAGUGGAGAAGCACACGGAUUAGCUCUGUUUGCUGUAGACUUUUCAAAGCCAGAAUUUAAUAAAACGGACUUCAAGGAAGAACGCACAAGUGAGAGUGCAGCAUAGUUUAUCUGUGAUUAAUCAUUACUGCUGGUUUAGAUUCAGGCAUGCCUCUGAAACAGCCCUGAGGCUAGGGAGCUUUCCUGAAGCAGAAGAGUCUUUGGGUUUCCAGUAUGUUGGGUGAGUCAAUGCAAGAUGAGCAACCAAAAAAAUACUGUUCAGGAUGUGAAGCUGCCAGAGUUUUGUGGAUUUUUCAUCACUGCUGCUUUUCUCUUGGAAAGGCUGAAUAAUUAGGCCCUAAACUUCUGUAAACUAGUCCAGCACUAUAGAAAUAUAUCAGCUGAAUCACAGUGUUUUCAUACACCAGGUGCUGUUUUAUCAAUACCUCUUGAAAAUCCAUCCUCAGCUUGCGUGUAUAGAUCCGCUGCUUCAGUAUUUAGAACAGAAUAACACUUUCUCACUCAUCUUUUGUGGCUCACAAUGCCUGCUGGUUAAAAUGUGACUUGAGGAUAAGCAAAUAUAUUUGUUCACCCAUCCUGCUUUGAGGUGUCUGGAACUUGUCGGUUCAUCAUGUCAGGAGCUUUUUGCUUUACCAGUCUGCUGCAUCCCCUUCCUCCUGUAGGAAGCAGCCAUGCCACUUGAAAACUUCUGUGGUAUGUUUGCCUAUACAUUGUCUGUAUUGUUCUCUGAUAUGAGGUAAAGUAACAGUUCUCUCUAAAUCCUGUUGAGAGCUGUGGAAAAAUGUGGUUCUUCAUCUGGAGCACAUGAGACAGACAUCUUGUUUGAAGCUUCCAGACACACUCCUCAGUCUGAAAGACAGCACCUCUCUUCUUGCAUAUCAAUCCUGAUUCCCCAGGUUUUCAGUUCUGAGCGCUACAGAUUAAUGUGAUAGUAGAAUUAAGUCUUCAUCUACAAAGAAAAUGCCAACUUAAUGGUUAUAUGCAGCACUCAGAUUAUUUUAAAUUCAUCGUCUAACUUGUUUUUAUUGUCUAAAAGUUGCAUCUCAUGUCCUCAAUUAUAUUAACUGAGGGAGGUUUGAGGGGGAAAGGAGUAGGAGGCUUCCCUCCAUCUUCUCUCUGUAUAACAAAGGUCAGGGCAUGCUGAAUAUUUAACCUGCUAUAUCUUAGACUUGGGAGAACUUUAAAACUGAGUUCUUAAUGUGUGAAUUCACUUUUCACCAUUACCAAUUGAUUAUUUUUUUUUUUUUUACCUUGGGCAAUGACAAAGACUAAUUUUACUUUUAUAGUGGUCAGUUUAUAGCAACUUCUGUUGUCUCAGUUUGCGAAAGCUGAAGGCAGUUAAUCUUGAUUUUAUUUUUUUUUAUUCUACUGGAAUUCCUUACUUAUUAUUUUGUCUUGACCUUGGCUCUUGUAAUACAGGAAGUUUUUUUUACAGUGAGAUCAAUUUAAUCUGAUUUAGUGAUAACACAACACAAUGCUGAGCACAGAAUUGAGGUUCAUGAUUAGCUCAUAUAUUCUUCUCAAUUCCUUUUUCUUCCCAUACCAUUUCCCUCCCCCAUACCAUUAACGCUGUCCCUUGUAGCAUAUCCAGUCAUUUUUAUCUGCUGACAGGAGCGGCACCUUGCAUUAAGCUCUGCCUGAGGACUGAAGGAUGAAAAUACCUGUGGGAUACAUGGAGCUCCAGAGCAGGCUGAGAAAGGUCAAUUUGGUCACCCUGUAUUUAAUUUUCAUGCUGUGUUUUAGAUGUUACUGUUGGGCACAGCUUGUUCAGGAGUGUGUUUUCAGAGACAUGUUAAAGCUUUUUAAGAGGAAAGAAAUAGUUAAAUAACAGCUGAAACCUUCACAGUGCUUCUGCAAUCACUGUCAUGGUCUGGCUUCAGCUUUUGGUGGAGUAAACUUAGUUUUGCAUGUUUUAGACUUGUGUACUGACUUAGAACUGUCAUUCAGAGUUAAAUUCCACACUUUUCCCCUUUUUCAGUAGGGAAAUGCCAUCAGUAAAAUAAAACUUGAAGCACAGAAGGCUAGGGAUCUAUAUCUAAGCAACUGAGAGCAUCUGACCUGAGCUUUCAUACAGUAUGGCGUGGAACACUUUUCACUGACCACUGGGGAUGUUAAAUUGAUGUUAGAGCUCUUCAUCUGUGUUAGCAAGGACAUUUCCCAAUGAGAUAUACCGCUCUGAUACAUGCUAGUGUGUAAACAAACAUCAAAAUAUAGGGUGAAAGGAGAAAUGUUUCCCUGCCAUACCUAGGUUUGGGGAUCUUGGGUGACAAGAAUUUAGUCUAGCAAUAGUUCUGUACCUUUCCACAGAGGAUCAAAAGCUGUUUCUUCAAGCUUAUUGCAUUUGAGGAUUAAAUUCCAACUGGUUUCCAAACUUUGCUUCUGACACUUAUAGUUUAUCACUGUGAUAAACAUAGAUCACAUGAAACUGCACUAUUAGGGAAGAUCAAAUCUCUGCUUGUCUCUGCCAUUGGCCAGUCAUAGAAAUAUAGAAUAACUUAGAUUGGAAGAAACAUUUGGAGGUCUCUUCUAUAAUCUCCUGCUGAGAGCAGGUCCAACGAGGUCACAUUGCUGUGACCUUGUCCAACUAAGGAUGUCUCCAGAGACAGAGGUUCCAUGACUGUGGUCUCUGAUACACUUUGGCCACCCAUGAGGUGAAAACUUUCUCAGCUAAUAAGAAUUUCCCAUGCAGCUGCAUGUGUUCAUUGCCUCUUGUCCUAUCACAUCUUCACACCUCUGAAGAGCCAAGCUCUGCAUCUUCCAAAUAGUUGAAGACACCAGUAAGAUUUUUGCCAUUUGCUUCCUUUUCUUAAGGCUGAACCAACCUGGUUGUCUACAGUCUCUUCUUAUAUAUAUCACAUGCACAAGCCCCCAGGGCAUCAUGUGGAAUUGCUGUAGAAGGUACCUUGCUGUCUUGUAUUGAGAAGCCCAAAAACUAGGCACAGUAAUACAGAUAUGACCUGAAAAAUGCUGGAUGGAGUUGAAGAACCCCUUUCCCUGGCCUGCUAGCUACUUUUGCAAGUACAGCCCAGUACUCUUUGAUCUUUUGCUGUGAGACAAGUGUAAGUGUAAGAAAUUAGUCACAACGGGGACUGGAUUGCAUUUAUACAUAUGCAACCAGCUUUUCCCUCUCUUCAAAGGAAGAGUGCCAGCUUGGGUCUCAGAGCUUUUUAAACAGGAGGCAGCACUGAAGGAUCCUGAUCACUUUUAAAAAAAUACCUGUGCUUUACCUUAUCAAGUCAUAGUUUCAAUCCAGUGUGGAACUUGCCUUGAGUUUCUAGCCUGUUGCAAAAUCCUUCAGGCUUUUUAGUCCCACUGCUAGUAAGUUGGACUAGAGCAUUAAGAAUGAACCUCUGAAGAAACAUUACUAGCUUCAUAAUGUUGCCCUUGCUGCACACUGAGUUUUUGAGUUUGCAAAUGCCAUCCUGUAACAAAUGAUCUGUUUUCCCUUGCCAGCCAGUCUCUCAGGCAGCUCCUGUUUCUGCUCCCCAUCACAGUUUUUCCCCUCUGUAGUUGUUUUUCAACUCCAGAGUCCUUUAAUCCAGCUCCUAAUUUAAUGCCAUUGCUUGAAGGUCUGCAUCUGGUGAGAAUCUGUGUGUUAGGUUGCAGUUAUACAACAGACUAUUCAGUCAUGUAACUCUUUGUUUCCUUCUGGGUGAAAAAUUAUGCCAAAGCUGCUACUACUAUAGCAUACACUACUGUUGUAAAGUGUAGCUUACAAUGGAGCCAGCUGUGCUGCAGAAAAGAGUUACACUACAAGGUUGUCUGGAUUGCUGGAACUGAUGGGAUUGGGAAAGUGAUGCCUUCUUGCUAUUUGAUCUACACCUGAUCAGAACGUAGCUGUGACUUUGUGCUGGAGUGCCUCUCUCUGCGGCUGCCUAGUGGCUGUUUGGCUGUGAUCAGGUAGAUCAGCAUCUCUCUCUGCGAGGUGGGUUAUUUGCAGGACAGUGCAUGUGUUUGUGCACAGGGGUGUGGGUAUGUACAAUAAUCAGCAGUGGAAAGUACCUAGCUGUGAUGGUGGGCUUUCUCUGUUAGGGUGUCUUUCAUGGGGCAGUAAUACAGCAGUGAGCAUUUAACUUUGGCCUGAGCAAGACAUUUUGAAAAAUACUUGGUUUUCUUGGAGCACUAUAUUUAAAUUCCAAAUUUUUAAUCAACUUUUAACCUUUGUAUUUAUAUGUUCAGAAAAUUCUUUUGAUACCUUUUCAAUUUACCAACACUGAAUUAAAACUCUUCAGAAUGUAUGGCUGGUCCUCUCCUUACAUGUCACUUUAAGCUUCAGAGCCUGAGGGUAGUUGUGCCAAGUCUACCCCAUUUGCUCUCAAGAUAGGAAAAAAAAAAUUGACAAUUCAUGGGUGGCAGCUAAGGAAUAAACCCUUUAAAUAUUUUUUUUCAGAGAAUAUUAAAUUAGAUCUGUGUAAACAUAAAAUUUAUAUUUAUUAAGGUGUGUGUGUGAGUGUGUGUGUCAAUAUAGAUAUAUAAAUGGUCCAUGACUAUUUCUUUCUCUUAAAAGGUACUUUACACAGACUUUUAUACAAUAUGUUGGUAAAUUCCUGCACCAGGCACUGACUCUAAAAGAACGAUGUACCUAUUUUUGUAACAAAUGUGAGCAGCCAGUAGAAGCAGCUUUAACUUCAGCAAUUGCUUUCAUUCCUCUUGCAGAGAAGAAGAGAUGACUUCGUACUUGUAUCUUCCUUGUGUAGGAGCCCUGCUUCUGGCUUUGCCAUGCUUUCAGCAACCCCAGUCUGUGCUGCUUUUCUGGCAAGAAAAUCCCCCAAAUGGCACUAAUGAAAGCUGGAAUCCUUUUUUGUCUCAAAUUAUCUCUAGAUGAGCUAUCGGGGAGUUCUUUACAGGUUCUGCUCUGUAAGUCAUGGGACCUUAUUUCUAACAGGGAAUAUUAAUGGAGGGUCCAUGAUCCUCCCUGUCUGUCUGUCAGGUGGCUAAGCUAACACUGGGGCACUAUGAAAUAGUUAGGUUUUUUCCUCUGUGGUGAGAUUAUUCUCCUUUUAUGAUGCUUUUUAUCUCUUCAUGGGGCAUGAGGUGUGUAUAUAUCCCCUUAAAAACAAAUGCAUAAGAGUUUUCCUAAUGUUCCCAUUCACAAGGAGCAAAUUUUACUAACUGGCCAAAUUUCAGUCAUGGUUUAACUCCACAAGAAUCACUAAAUUCACAGAAGUGUGUGUUUUGAUCCACUUGGGCCUUUUGAGAAUUAUUCUUAAAAACAGGUGAUACUUGGCUUCCUAAUCCUAAUUGCUCUUUCAGAAGCAGAAAUUCCUUUCUCUGUAAGGACCUGAGUGAAUGCUUUACCAGCUUUACCAUAGUGUUUACUGUCUGGUGAUUGGGCUUGAUACUUGAGGGGGAGGACAGGAUUGGUGAUAAGAAGAGUAACCAGCAUAGGAUCGGUGAAAGUAAACAGUUUUCCUCCUCAGCAGAAAACAGCCUUUGUGAAAACCAGACUUACCCCUAGUAUUUCGUUACUACUUCAUAUCUGCUGCUAAGUAAUGCACCUUUGCUGUGAUCUAGAGCUUUCAGUCCUGCUUCUACUCCACCUCGGUUUCACUUAAAGCAGUCUGAAACAGAGCCUUCCUUAAAGCGAAGGGCAACCUUGAGAAGUGUCUGUUAGCUGGAGAAUGAGAAAUUGAGCAGAAAGUGAGAUUUCCUUCUGUUUCACUGCCUUGCUGCUAAAAGUCUGGUGCAGAACAUCCUAAUGUUCUGCUGAUUUAUAUACAGCUCUUCAGAGAUGGACAGGCUGCUAAGUAGGCAAGUUGGCUCUAUAGCAAAUGAGUUACUGUAAACCUAAACUCGCUUUAUCUCUUUCUCUCCCAAAUGGGCUUGAAGUAGAGGGAACCAGAGUAUUGCUGUAAGAUCUUUUUGCUUUAAUGGAAAACUGAGAAUGUAAAAAAAAUACCUGUAAUGUUACAGAAAAUGUGGCUUUAAAAUACAGAAGUCUUACAAGGCUGUAUGUUUUCCUGGGUUCUAGACAUACCAUUUAUACUGCGAUGAGACUGGCCUUGUCCAGCCUACCAGCCAACCUCUGUGUAGCCAAAAAGAGCCUUUUAAGAGCCUGUAGCUAUCCAAAGGACUGUUAAAAGCUGUCUAGAGAUAAAUCAAAAGAUGUGAGCAAUGGAUGGUAAAGCUGGAAAUCCAGAUCCAACUCUGAAUAUUUGCU